ACAGGUAUAUCUGUCAGCAUCUCCACCUUCAGUCUGGUGGCCAUUGCUAUUGAAAGAUACAGUGCUAUUUGCAACCCACUGAAGUCAAGAGCAUGGCAGACCCGUUCUCAUGCCUAUAAGGUCAUCGCUGCCACAUGGGUCCUCUCUGUAGCUAUUAUGGUGCCCUAUCCUGUGUUCAGUAUACUGGUGCCAUUCAACAAGAACAACAUCACAGCUCACAUGUGCAGACUUGAAUGGCCCAUCAGCCAAGUGGAACAGACAUGGUACGUCUUGUUGCUGUCCAUUCUGUUCUUCAUCCCAGGAGUGGUGAUGAUAAUUGCCUACGGUCUCAUAUCCAGAGAACUUUACAGAGGGAUUCAAUUUGAGCUGGAGCAGAAAAAAGACUCCAGUGGUGUAAAGAAUGGGUUGAAUGGUGGAUUGUCAUCUUGCCAUGAUGAGAGCGAUGGAUGUUAUAUACAGGUCUCAAAGAAACCUCCCGCUAUGGAACUUUCAGCUUUGACCACCUCAGGCACAGUCAAGACAGACCGUCCACGAAGCAACACCUCAGAGGCCAAACUCAUUGCCAAAAAACGAGUGAUCCGAAUGCUGAUCAUUAUAGUUGCCAUGUUCUUUGUAUGUUGGAUGCCUCUAUACUCUGCCAACACCUGGAAGGCUUUCGACCAAAUAUCUGCUCAGCGUGCACUUUCUGGAGCUCCCAUCUCCUUCAUUCAGCUGCUCUCCUAUACCUCAGCCUGCGUUAACCCAAUCAUCUACUGCUUCAUGAACACCCGCUUCCGAAAGGCUCUCUUGGCUACCUUCGGGUGUUGCAGGCGGCCGUGCCACAAUCACAGGAAGAGGAGGGAAGGUGAUGAUGAGAUCACUGGGGUCACAGGGGCGUCCAUAUCCAAGUUCAGUUAUACAACUGUUAGCACGGUAGGGCCAUGUUAGCAUUGCGGGUGUUUCCAAUUUGAUCCAAGAGCCAUGUGUUUGUCAUGUAUUGCUCGUUUAGGAGUUCAGAUUACCGGUUCUUCUUUUCAUGGUGUCCACAUUCUUUGUUCAAUGUGUCAGUGUUUAUUUGGAAAAGAAUACCUCAAUUGUUUGUUCUUUCUGCCUAAUUCUGUGUGUCAGUGGUCUUUCUUUGGUUGUGUACAAGGGAUGUACAAAAAUGAAGCUUUAUUUUUUGUGCGGUAAAUAUUAGAGGACUUUUCAAAAGAUGAUCUUAAUAAUGCAUGGUAAGUGUCAAUAGAGAAAUACCAUAGAAAUAUUCUUAUAUCUUUGAUGUUAUUGAACCAAAUACUGCACGUUGCAUGAUCAAACAAAACAGCCCUCUGGUAGAUAGCUGGCUACAAAAUGGUACAGUUGGUCUUUUUUGGUCUACAUGAAUGUUGUGUUUUUUUCUUGUUGGUUCUUUGUUUUGUUUGAGCUCUUUAACAGAAUCCUUGUCUUGAUGAGCUUCAGUUACAUCACCGAGAGUUUAUUUCCUCAUAAUAACAGCAUUAGAGGUCUUGUAGGAAACAAUGUUUAAUGCUCCUCCUUUUUUGAUGCACAUGUUCUACAAGUUAUCUUACACAAAGAUCUAUCAGGGGAGCAAGGGAGUUCAGUCAUCAACAACCUCUUGCAAAUCUUCACCCCAGCUGAUGUGACGAAAUGGUCAACACUGCCAUGUUAUUGUACAAGAAUUUUUAAAAUACUCCUAGACACCUUGACACUGGGAAAUAUUGAAAGAAAAAGAAAGGAAUAAAGUGUAAAGAGAACUUGAAGAUGAAGAUGUGAUUGCCUGACAAAACCACAACCUGAAAAAAGAAAGCAAGUCUGUGUAAAAUUGCAGUUGCUCUAAUUGAUUUUUUACCUUAUUCCUGAGGCUGAUGAGACACCUGGGAUAUUCAGCAUCUUGUCUGGCCCCAAUGAAGCCUCUCUGAAUAUAUGAAAGGAGAGCUAAGCUCUUGUUUGGGCUGAAUUUAAUUUAUUCAGCAGUUCAUGCUAAACAUGAAAGCCGGAUCUGCACAGUGAAACCAAGCAUAAGAUGUUUGGGUGCUUAUGACUAGUUUAUCACAGGGCUGCUGACACAUGUAUAAAAUAUGGUCAUACAAGUAUCCACUUGAAGAGUUCAGAUGCAAAACCCUCUAAAUCCAUCAGACCUCAUAUUUUGUAAAUGAGCAUUUUCUAUCAGGCUCUU